CUCUACCUGAUUGUGGAACUUUCCUUGCUUCGUGUAGGAGAAGAAAAAGAAGCAAAGCAAAAGCAGUAGGAGGAACAGCCUACUCAAGAAGAGCGUGAAAAUGAUAUGGAGGACACUGAUACCGUAGAGGAGGAGCCAGUAGAUCUGCUACUGUAUGCGAAGAGGUAUCAGCGGGCUGACGGUAGUUGGGUAUCGGAGGAACCGCAGAAGAACUAUUUGGAGAUGCAGUCCAUCUGGAUAGAAGCAAAGGCAGAGGGGAAGCCUAUAUCAGGCCGUGACAUUGUUGAGAAGGUCCUGAAGAAAAAGCUGAAGUAUGGACCGAAGCGAACCCAAGAUCAGCAAAGGAGCUUCAACUCCAAGCAGAAUUGGAGGCAACAAGGGCUGAAGCGAAAAGAAAAGCCAAGGAGUUUGCUGAGAAGAUACAAGUCAAGAGGAGCAGCUGAAAAGCCAGGCUGAGAAGAUAAAACUUCAGGAAGAAAAGUUACAGAGCUAGGAGGAGAGGUUUGAUACUCAAGCAGAGGAGAUGAACCAGAUGAAAGCCACCUAGGACAAGCUACAACAUCAAAUGCUAGUGAUUGCUCGCCAAUUACCCGCAAAUGAACUGCUAAGUCCAUGGUUUGUGUUGUGGUGAACAAGGAGAGUUUCAUGUGUUAUGUGAUCUUGGACAACUUUGAAUGUUUGUUUAUGGUGAACAAGGACGUACACUGUUAUGGGAAUGGACAUGGAUGUAAUAUGUUAGAUGUUUUCCAAUAUAUGUCCAUGAUCAGUUUGCGGAUAAAAUUUCGCAUUAUGGAAUUUGUGAAGCAGGUCAAAUGUGACAACAAUGGAAAGUUCUCAUAUUAUGACAAGUCCAUGACCAGCUGUACUCGUCAUAACAUACUGAAAUGACGAAAUAUACUCGUCACAAUUAUACGUUAUGACAAAUUGCGUUCGUCCUAAUAUACUGAAAUGACAAAAUAUAUUCGUCGUACAUACAUUUAUGACAAAGGAUAUUCGUCACAACAUAAUUUAUGACAAAAUAAAUUAGUCACAAGAAUGUGAUGCAAGAAUAUAAACCCAGUAAAAUGCCUUCAAUUUAUGACAAAACAUGUUGACAAACUUUUCAGUUUGUCACAUUUUAAACAUUUCCUGACAAAAGAAGGAUUUUUCAUAUUUGGCUUGUUAAAAAAUAAUAAACCUUCUCAUGACAAAUAUUAUUCGUCACAAAAUACUGUUAUGACAAACUAUGAUCGUCUAAUAUGACCAACAAAUUUCUCGAAAGUACCAAUUUAUGACAAAUAUAAUGACAAAAUUUUUCGUCAUAUUAUCUUUGUUUGUCACAAUAGACUAAGCAGAACCUCAUAUAUACCGGGAGCAUUUGUGACAAAUGUGUUUCAAGAAUUUGUCACAUUUGACCUAUCCUGACGGCGAUAAAAUAACAAAACCUUGCGACAAAUGCAUUUGUCAUAGUAGGUCAAAUGUGACAAAAUGGGCCUCUAAUAUGACAAUAUUGCCUCGUCGGUAUAGGCCGAAUUUGUUGUAGUGUAUGGAUACCCAUUUAUUCGAGGGUGUUUUAAUUACACAUACAAAAAUUAUACCUAUUUAUAGAAUUUCAAAAUUUAUGGUACUAAGAUGUAAAACAUAAAAAAUGUAGGUACUAAAAUGUAAUAUUUCAUAAAUAUUUUGAGCACUUAUGUGCAAAAAAAAAAGGUUAUAAAUCUAAAGAUCUGUUAAGUUUAGCUACCCAUCACGUUGGCUUUGAAGCAGCUGCAUGGUACUGGCAUUUUGUAUACGUGGUUUGGUUAUUCCUAUUUGUUUCUAUCUAUUGGUGGGGGGUAUAUGAAUGACAAAACCUUGUGACAAACGCAUUUGUCAUAGUAGGUCAAAUGUGACAAAAUGGCUUCUAAUAUGACAAUAUUGCCUCGUUAGUAUAGGUCGAAUUUGUUGUAGUGUAUGGAUACCCAAUUAUUCGAGGGUGUUUUAAUUACACAUACAAAAAUUAUACCUAUUUAUAGAACUUCAAAAGUUAUGGUACUAAGAUGUAAAACACAAAAAAUUUAGGUACUAUAAUGUAAUACUUCAUAAAUAUUUGAGGACUUAUGUGCCAAAAAAAAAUUAAGUUAUCAAUCUAAAGAUCUGUUUAGUUUUGGUAGCCAACUGCAAUUUGCAUAGUUGAGGCUUAAUUCCUUUUAUGAUAAUCUAUUUAAGAUGAUAAUUAUUUUCUUUUUUAUAGAAAAUAGAAAGAAUAUAUAUUUGAUAUGUAUAAUUGUUGAAAAUUCCAUGUAUAAUUGUUAAAACUUCUAGCCCGAGUGAAAACGAAAAACUCUAGUGAGAAGCAAAAGGAAUACAAACUGUAACUCGCUUAAAAUUUCAUGCCUUCAAAUCCCAUAGUGAAAAAUGAAGACUUUCUAAUAAGUAAUAGCCAUAUAU